GCUGCCGUAAUAGAAGAAAGACAAAUAUCGAUCAUAACAAAAAAAGCCAUCCUUUCUACCGCGGAACAUUCGCCGAGAAGCCCUACGAUCGUCUUCCUCCGCCAAACUCUCCUCCUCUCUUCGUCCGUAGGUUAAAUUCCGGCAAUCGCUACGAUCGUCUUCCUCCUCCAAACCCUUGUCUCUCUUCGUCCGUAACUCAAAUACCGGGAAGCAAUCAGCAGUACAAGAGAUCCGGCAAGAUGAUGGGCGAUGGAGUCAUGCAGAUUUUAGCGAAGCCGAUCCAGCUCGCCGACCAGGUAACGAAACUAGCCGACGAUGCUCAUUCAUUCAGAACCGAGUGCCAGGAACUAAAGUCCAAGACCGAACGCCUCGCCGCUCUUCUCCGGCAAGCCGCGAGAGCGGAGCUCUACGAGCGUCCGGCUCGUCGGAUCAUGGAUGACACUGAACUGGUCCUUGACAAAGCCCUCUCUCUCAUCGCCAAAUGCCGCGCCAACGGGAUCAUGAAAAGAAUGUUCACCCUAAUCCCCGCCGGCGCCUUCCGCAAGAUGUUGAUCGGUCUCGAUAACUCCAUCGGCGACGUAUCUUGGCUCCUUAGGGGAUCCGCCGCCGGCGAUGAGGACGGCGAUAUGCACCUGGGUCUUCCCCCCAUCGCUCAGAACGAACCGAUCCUGUUCUUAAUAUGGGAGCAGAUCGCAACCCUGCAUACUGGUAACCUGGAAGCCCGCGCCGACGCUGCAGCCAGCCUUGUUUCACUUGCGCGAGACAACGAAAGGUUCGGGAGGCUUAUUAUUGAAGAAGAUGGUGUCAGCCAUCUUCUCCGCCUCGUGAAGGAGGGCCGGGUUGAGGGACAGGAGAACGCAGCUCGUGCUCUCGGUCUUCUCGGCCGGGAUCCGGAGAGCGUGGAGCAGAUGAUUCUCGCCGGAGUUUGUUCUGUGUUCGCAAAGGUGCUUAAGGAGAGCCCUAUGAGGGUUCAGGCCAUGGUCGCAUGGGCCGUCUCCGAGCUCGCCGCUAAUCACCCGAAAUGUCAGGAUGUCUUCGCACAGAACAACGUCGUCCGCCUCCUCGUUGGCCAUCUCGCCUUCGAGACAGUCGAAGAGCACUCCAAGUACACGAUUCCUCCAAAAGUCACCUCAAUUCACUCUGUCGUCAUGGCUAAUAUCGCCGCCGAUCCGUCCAAGGAGUCGUCGGAGCAAGCCCUAGUUCGCCAUCCGAUGGACAGCCAGGUCAGAAAGAACCAGAUGCAGGGCGUCAAAGGAAACAGCUCCGACCAUCAUUCCCUCAAUGUCCGGCAUCCUCAUACCCCCCUCACUGGGUCCAAUACCAGGGGGAGAGAAUUCGAGGGCCCGGGGACCAAAUCGUACAUGAAAGCCAUGGCCGCCCGAGCAUUAUGGCACCUUGCUAGGGGAAAUUCUGCCAUCUGUAAAAUCAUAACCGAAUCAAAAGCCCUUCUCUGCUUCGCCGUUCUUCUCGAGAAGGGGGAAGAUGAUGUACGAUACAAUUCCGCCAUGGCUCUCAUGGAAAUCGCCCGCGUGGCUGAAGGGGAUGCUGUUCUCCGCCAUUCCGCCUUCAAACCCACCUCCCCCACCGCUCGUUCCAUCGUCGACCAGCUGCUCCGCGUCAUCGAGAAGGCGGAAUACGAUGACCUUCUAGUGCCCUGCAUCACCGCCAUUGGUUGCUUGUCGAGAACAUUCAGAGCCACCGAGAAACGCAUCAUCGGGCCACUAGUGAGGCUGCUGGACGAGAAAGAAGGUGUUGUGAUGCGCGAAGCAGCCAUUGCUCUCGCCAAGUUUGCCUGCACUGAUAAUUACCUCCACGUCGACCAUUCCAAAGCCAUUAUUAAUGCUGGAGGAGUCAAGCACCUCGUCCAACUCGUCUAUUUUGGUGAACAGAUGGUGCAGACUGCAGCUCUCGUGCUGCUGAGCUACAUUGCUCUCCAUGUUCCCGAAAGCGAGGAGCUGGCCAUGGAGGAGGUCCUCACCGUGCUGGAAUGGGCUUCGAAACAGUGUUCUGCAAUUCAAGAUCCGGAAUUGGAGCUUAUUUUACCAGAGGCUAAGGGAAGGUUGGAACUUUAUCAAUCUAGAACUUCUAGAGGUUACCAUUGAUUGAUUUCAGUUGUGGGUUGUGGAAGCAGAAAUCAUUUGGUACUGAUUAAGAAGAUAAAGGUAUUGUGAACUUAAUCAAUCAGGAGUUGAUAUAUGAUUAUUGUGUAUAAUUACUUGUGGACUCCCAAUUGAUUGAACGCAUAUUUAAUUUGAAGAUUUACAUCCAUUCACUCAAUUCCUAUAAAUUUGCAUAUCCAAUACCCCAAACUUUAAUUUUUAUACAGACAUCACCUUUAACCAAAGAUGUAUUUCAAACUUUGUAAAGUUGAUAUUUUUGUUGUGAUAUGGGAAGAUUUGAGCAGUAUGAAUGUAAAAAAAAGUA